CGGAGGACUCGUCUUAGAAAGUUCAGAAAUUUUGUCAUCUUCUUUGUUGGGGCAGAGAAGUGUAAAGUGUAAACACUAAACAAGAACCCUUGUCGUUCUCGAAACCUAUCUAGUCGGUGCUCGUGAUUUUUUCCGGUUUUUAUGGAAAUAUGUUUUGACUUUCGUAUGAAGACGCCAUAGCCAACACGUUUUAAUGAUGCAAUUAUUAGACAGAAUAGUACAAAUUCAUAACCGGUGAUGCAAGUUCAGAAGUGGAGAUGGCUGUAGUUUGCGUGAUUGGCUUCUAUUACUGACCUACUGGUACUCUCUCUGACUCUAUCGUCGAAACACAUCUUAGAUUUAAGUCUGUGAGGAAAUUAUCUAAUGAGAAAGAAGGGAAGAAAAGAGAAGAAGAAAAUGGGAAGAGCACCAUGCUGUAACAAAGGUGAAGUGAAGAAAGGUUCCUGGACUCCUGAAGAAGAUAAGAUACUCGUUGAUUACAUCACUAAGAACGGUCAUGGCACCUGGCGUUCUUUUCCUAAACUUGCAGGACUUCAAAGGUGUGGAAAAAGUUGUCGUCUCCGAUGGACAAACUACCUUCGUCCUGAUAUCAAACGCGGCGCCUUCAGUUUUGAAGAAGAACAAACAAUCUUCCAUCUCCACAGCUUACACGGCAACAAGUGGGCAGCCAUUGCUGCACAGUUACCAGGAAGAACCGACAACGAGAUAAAAAAUUUCUGGAAUUCUCAUUUACGAAAACGGAUUCCCAGCCUUCAAACCGACCUACCUUCAAAUUCAACAGAUACGAAGAGCAACAGAGUGGAGAAUGAUGCAAAACCAGAAGAUAAAGCCAAGCCAUCAAUGAAUCCCAUGUGUCACAGCGAUAACUUCCACCAUGAAUGGGGUUCUGGAGCUUUUCAGAAGGGUUUUAACAAGGUGACGACGUAUGGUAUCCCAAAUCCUAUAAAGAUUGAACCAGUCUCUUUUGUGACAGUUCAAGCAAGUGAAUCUUGCGAUCAGAGUGUGAAGGAAGAGAUGACAAAUGGUUCAGAGUCUCAAAACUCUAACGAAGCACAGAAUGAAUUGGAUAUAACAUUGGAUCUACUGCUAGAUUUUCCUAACGAUGGAGAAUAUUUGCAAUAUGUAUAAGCCUAUGUAUUAUUACAAGUUAGUCUGCAUAAUCUUCAUAACACCAAUUCUUCAAACAGAAACUAUACAAAUCAUGGAGAUUAGAGAUAAGAGAGUAUAUUACUUUCGAUUAUGGCGAGAGCUUUAGUAUCAUCGGUAGGCUUUUCUUCAUGAACAUGGGGUUCGACCGGGACGAUAGCUUUCUCGACGGCGGCGACGGGUGGCUCCGGUGGGCAUUCGGAUUCUACCUCAACCUUCAUGGUGUCUUCUAGUGUCAUAUCUUUAUUUUUCUUUUGUUGUUGUUUGAAUAAUGAAUAUAGGAUUCUGAAAGAGAAAUGGAAAGAUUCAAUUGUGGUUAGGAAAGGACAAGGAGGAUGAUAGU